AAAACCGGUUCGUUUCGUUUCUAAAGAACUGGUCCCGAAAUCAAUUCCAAAGGAAGGAGAGCAGCUGUGACGGCGAAACAACGGAGAUUCCGCGACGACUGAGACGUAACGCUAUGAGCUCCUGAUGAGGAAUGAAAGGUUCAGAUCUAUUUCAGUUUCUCCAUCUUCCUAGCGCUAGCGACUAGGCUCUGACUCUGAGGAAGCAUAUCCGAGUAUUGAGGAGAAAGAAGAAGAUGCCUCGGCCAGGUGCUAGACCUUACGAGUGUGUGAAACGAGCUUGGCAUAGCGAUCGUCACCAACCCAUUCGAGGUUCCAUCAUCCGCCAGAUCUUCAGGGAGGGUUUGGAUGAUUCAGACUCGCCAUGGAAGCUCACAGUGCGGGUACCAGGAAGAACAAAGAGUGGCAGGAGAAGUUGCCUGUCGUUGUCUUGAAAGCCGAGGAAAUCAUGUACUCUAAAGCCAACUCCGAGGAAGAGUAUACAGAUGCUGAUACUAUGUGGAAUAGACUCAAUGAUGCUAUUGACACUAUUAUUAGACGAGAUGAAACCACUGAGACUGGCCCUCUUUUGCCUCCUUGUGUUGAAGCUGCUCUUAACCUUGGGUGUAUUGCUGUAAGAGCUUCUAGAAGCCAACGACAUAGUAACAUAAGGACUUACCUCACUCCCAAGAUCCAACAACCUGUUUCUGCUUCCUCCAAUGACCAUCAUGAUUCUCAUCAUCAAGCUCAAAGAUCCACCAAACCCAGCCUUACUACUGUUCAAGCGGCAGCAAUCCCGGUGGAUGUUUCUGAGAACAGCAACAGCCGUGUUGGUCCACGCGGUUACCCCUUUCUACAUGAAUCCAUGCCGAUCCAGCAAAAGCCAUUGGCUACAAAACUAGGGACUAACACUGCUCCAGCUCCAACCAACUUGGGUUCAGUCUAUCCUUUGUAUUGCGGAGGUAAUGAUCAAGUGGACAUGUCUUUAAGAGUCCCUGAAACGCCCAUAAUCAUUGGCAUGCCUAUUGGUAUAAAGGCCCCGGAAGAAGCAACAGAGAGGCUCUGCGAUUUGUCACUGAGGCUUGGUAUGUCUUCAGAACCACCCUCUACAAGAAUAGAUGCCGGGUCUAAUCGAGCUCACCGAGGAAGGCACCAAGAAGAGUUAUGUUUAUUUUCUGGGGCGAAGCAGAAUGAUAAUAUGUUUGAUUGGCUUUCAAAUUACCAGAGUUAAAAAGCACGAAGCAUUUUGUGUACACUCCCUCCUCUAGGCUUUGCUUAUCGUUACUUAAAUCUUGUAAAAGCCUCAGCUUUAUUGACUCUCUAUUAGUCUAGCAAGGACCCAAAAAGAAACAAAGGUUGCUCUGUUAACAUCAACAGCACUUUGGCUUUUGUUAGUGCAAUCUUCUGUAAACACAUUGUUGUAUUCUCAACUUUGUGCUUGAGAAAAUAUGUUCCUAUUGUUCUAUA